GUUUCUUUCCCUGCUGAGAAAUCGCCACUUUCGUUACCCGACUUUCAUUUCAAUUCCUCCCUUCUUCCCAGAAAAAUAUAGAUAUAAACGAAUUAUAAAUUUAGACCCCCAAAUUUAUAAUUUAUUUUUUUCGAGAAACUCAGUAUUAAUUAUGCCAGUCACAAUUUCCCUCUACAUUUGCUCCUCAUCGGACGGUUUCAUCGCCGACAAGUCGGGCGGAGUAGGUUGGCUUCCACCUAUGGGGGACGAAGCCCAGAAAAAUUACGAGGACUAUUUCGCCUCCGUGGAUAUGGUCAUCAUGGGGUCACGGUCAUACCAGAAGGUGCUCAGUUUCGGGAUGGGGAGCAAUUAUUGGCCAUACGAGGGGAAAAUGUCAUGGGUUUUUACGAAACAAGACUUGAAAUUGGAGAGGGACGAUGUCAAAGUCACCAGCGAAGACCCCGUAACGUUUGUGGAUAGACUCAAUGCGGCCACUCCUCCAAUAAACAAGGUGUGGCUCAUGGGUGGCGCCGAGCUCACCAAAUCCUUUGCUGCCGCCAAUCUUAUCGACGAAGUCAUCCUUUUCACGGUAAAUAAAGCAAUUGGGGAAGGAAUUCCGCUGGGGGUAGAUCUCACACCUUUCGACCAAGUUGACGAGGGCGUCAUGGGGGAGGAGUUCAAAUUUAAAAUUUACCGAAGAAAGAAUACUGCUUAAUUUUACUCCGAAUUUGCUGAACUUUUAAAAAUAUUAGAGCCACCAUUAUCGUUUUGUCAAUGUUAAUUUCAUAUGAAGCAAAAUUGAUUGCCAAAGUUAUAUUUUGUAACGCAGACUUGUGUUGUAUUUUUUUGUCCUAAUUCUGUAUUAAUUCGCAAGUUAUUAAAUGUGCAAUAAAAACUUGUAGAUAUGUAAAAAAUG